AUGGCUUCCCCUCCAAAGCCCUGGGAACGGGCUGGUGCUACAACAACAGCUGCCUCAACAACGGCCCCAACCGCCGCCUCUUUUCCCUCCUCCGGCAGUACCCCGCCCGCCGUCCCCGAACGACCGGCCUCCCUCGCCUCCGCCGUCAACCAAAACGCUGCUGCCUACAGCAGAGGUGUCGGCGCGACGAACAGCCCUUACGGGACCUACGGUGGCGCCUACUCUUCUCCCUACAGCAGCCCGUACUCCAGGAUGGGUUCUUACGGUGGCUAUGGCGGCGGCAUGUAUGGCGGUUAUGGUGGUAUGGGUGGUGGCAUGUACGGUGGAGGCAUGUAUGGCGGCAUGGGCAUGGGAGGCAUGGGAAUGGGCGGCGGCAUGCCUGGGAACCCCAACGAUCCGAACAGUUUGACGAACCGAUUCAACAACAGCACGCAGGCAACUUUCCAGAUGCUGGAAGGCAUCGUCGGCGCCUUCGGAGGCUUUGCUCAGAUGCUGGAGAGUACAUACAUGGCCACACACUCGAGCUUCUUUGGUAUGUCCUACAACCUCGACACGGCGGGUAUCGGCGGCUAA